UGAACUACGGGGCGCCUAAGGGAUCAAAACAUCUCAAUCUCCAAACGCCCAGCAAACAGCAUGUGCAGUGUUUCCAACGAGACCUAAAAUCCCCGAGUAGAGGCGUGUGCUGCCCCCGCCCUCCGGUUCUCGCGCACUGGCUGGCAUGUGGGGGAACGGAAGUUUGUGGCUGGUGCAUCAAUGAGGAGAGCCUGUGCCCGCUGCGGAGAGGAGGAAUGGCAUACAGUCAGGGGCCCAGGGCUGAAAAGCGCAGCGCUUGAUGAUUCAGAGACUGAGGGGAUGGAGGCUGCGCGGUCUGCUGGAUUAAAAGGCUGAAUUAUCCUCCCCAUUGUUAAGCAGCGCUAGACAAACUGCAGCGUCAGUCAUCUCUGUACUGAGGCACAUGCAGAUCCAUACGGAAAGUUACCGCCAUGUCUGUUAGCGCUACAGAGGGGGACAUCCCUAGGUUCUUCGUCGGUUGUGAGGAAUCUGACGAAGCUUUGGAACACGGCAAAGCUGAAAAUGUGGACAAUCUCUUUGAAACCAUUGAAGAUGACGACGAUGAUGAUGAUGAUGAAGAGUAUGACUCUCCCCCAGAAAGGCAGAUUGUGGUGGGGAUCUGCGCCAUGGCCAAGAAGUCCAAGUCAAAACCCAUGAAAGAAAUUUUGGAACGUCUGUCGUUAUUCAAGUACAUCACCGUGGUCAUCUUUGAGGAAGACGUCAUACUGAAUGAACCUGUAGAGAACUGGCCUUUGUGUGACUGCCUCAUUUCUUUUCACUCCAAAGGAUUUCCACUGGAUACAUCAGUUGCUUAUGCAAAGCUCCGGAAUCCAUUUGUUAUCAAUGACUUGAAUUUGCAAUAUCAGAUACAAGACAGGAGGGAGGUUUAUAGGAUCCUUAAAGAUGAGGGGAUUUUGCUUCCGCGAUACGCUGUCCUUAAUCGUGAUCCGAACAAGCCAGACGAAUGUAAUUUAAUAGAAGGUGAGGAUCACGUGGAGGUGAACGGGGAGAUAUUCCAGAAACCUUUCGUAGAGAAGCCUGUUAGUGCGGAGGAUCACAACGUCUACAUUUACUACCCAACAUCUGCUGGAGGCGGGAGCCAGAGGCUUUUCCGAAAGAUUGGCAGUCGUAGCAGCGUAUAUUCACCUGAAAGCAGUGUGAGGAAGACUGGUGCAUAUAUCUAUGAGGAGUUUAUGCCCACUGAUGGCACUGAUGUCAAGGUUUAUACUGUGGGGCCAGACUAUGCCCAUGCUGAAGCUCGAAAGUCUCCUGCAUUGGAUGGCAAGGUAGAAAGGGACAGUGAAGGCAAAGAAGUUCGGUAUCCUGUUAUUUUAAACGCCAGAGAGAAACUAAUAGCCUGGAAAGUGUGCCUCGCCUUCAAGCAAACUGUAUGUGGUUUCGAUUUGCUUCGCGCAAAUGGCCAGUCUUAUGUCUGCGAUGUCAACGGAUUCAGCUUUGUGAAGAACUCUAUGAAGUAUUAUGAUGAUUGUGCCAAGAUUCUUGGAAACAUCAUCAUGCGAGAGCUUGCUCCUCAGUUUCAGAUCCCUUGGUCUAUACCACUGGAAGCGGAGGAUAUACCUAUAGUGCCCACAACAUCUGGGACAAUGAUGGAGCUCCGAUGUGUGAUUGCAGUGAUUAGACAUGGCGAUCGGACACCAAAACAAAAGAUGAAAAUGGAAGUAAGACAUCAGAGGUUCUUUGAUCUUUUUGAGAAAUGCUACGGGUACAAGACUGGAAAAUUAAAACUGAAGAAACCAAAGCAGUUACAGGAAGUAUUGGACAUUGCAAGACAGCUUCUUGUGGAACUUGACCAAAACAAUGAUUCUGAAAUAGAAGAAAGCAAAGCAAAGCUUGAGCAGCUAAAGACGGUGUUGGAAAUGUAUGGACACUUUUCUGGAAUAAAUCGUAAGGUCCAGCUCACCUAUCUGCCACACGGCUGCCCUAAGACGUCUAGUGAAGAGGAAGACUGUCGAAGAGAGGAACCAUCUUUGCUGUUAGUCCUAAAGUGGGGUGGUGAACUGACCCCAGCCGGCCGAAUUCAAGCAGAGGAACUUGGCAGGGCAUUUCGGUGCAUGUAUCCUGGAGGACAAGGAGACUAUGCUGGAUUUCCUGGCUGUGGCCUUUUGAGGUUACACAGUACUUAUCGACACGAUCUUAAAAUUUAUGCAUCAGAUGAGGGAAGAGUCCAGAUGACAGCUGCAGCGUUUGCUAAAGGUUUAUUGGCACUGGAGGGAGAACUGACCCCAAUACUUGUUCAGAUGGUGAAGAGCGCAAAUAUGAAUGGCUUGUUGGACAGCGACAGUGACUCUUUAAGUAGCUGUCAGCAUCGAGUGAAAGCAAGGCUGCAUGAGAUUCUUCAGCGGGAUCGUGAUUUUAGCGCUGAGGACUAUGAGAAGCUCACUCCCACUGGAAGCAUUUCCCAGAUUAAAUCAAUGCAGAUUAUAAAGAAUCCAGUUAAGACUUGUGACAAAGUUUACUCCCUAAUUCAGAGCCUGACAUCACAGAUCCGGCAAAGAAUGGAAGACCCAAAAUACGCAGAUAUUCAGCUUUAUCACAGCGAGACCCUGGAACUGAUGCUGCGCAGAUGGUGCAAAUUGGAAAAGGAUUUCAAGACAAAAAAUGGAAGAUAUGACAUCAGCAAAAUUCCUGAUAUUUAUGAUUGCAUCAAGUAUGAUGUGCAGCAUAACAGCUCCCUGAAGCUGGAGAACAUGAUGGAACUGUACAGGCUUUCCAAGGCACUAGCUGAUAUAGUAAUUCCUCAGGAGUAUGGAAUAUCCAAAGCAGAAAAGCUAGAGAUUGCCAAAGGUUAUUGCACACCCCUUGUGCGGAAGAUACGCUCUGAUCUCCAGAGAACUCAGGAUGACGACACUGUAAAUAAGCUACAUCCGCUAUAUUCCCGAGGAGUGAUGUCUCCGGAACGCCAUGUGCGCACACGUCUGUAUUUUACCAGUGAGAGUCAUGUGCACUCGCUGCUGUCCACUCUUUGCUUUGGUUCUCUCUCUGAUGAGUUGAAGGAUGAACAGUGGAAAAGGGCAAUGGACUACUUGAACUUUGUUAAUGAACUGAACUACAUGACCCAGAUUGUGAUCAUGCUCUAUGAAGACCCAAACAAGGACUUAUCAUCGGAGGAAAGAUUUCAUGUAGAGCUUCAUUUCAGUCCAGGUGCUAAAGGAUGUGAAGAGGACAAAAACUUGCCUUCUGGAUUUGGAUACAGGCCAGCAUCACGAGAGAGUGAAAGUUCAAAGAAGCAGGUUCAUAGCAAUGACAGCGAUGAAGAGUCUGGUGUGUGCAAACGGGAUGAGCCUGACAGAGCCCUGGUGAUGUUCAAACCUAUGGUGUCUGAUCCGAUUUACAUUCACAGAAAGUCCCCAUUACCUCGUUCCAGAAAGAUAGGCUCUGUAGAGGAAGAGAGCCCCCUGAGUGUGUCUAGCCCAGAGUGUAUCGGUACCUGGAUGCAUUACACCAGUGCUGUGGGUUCUGGGCGUCGAAGACGCAGAUCAGGGGAUCAAAUCACUUCUUCCCCCGUGUCCCCUAAAUCAUUGGCUUUCACAUCCAGUAUUUUUGGCUCAUGGCAACAGGUACUAUCAGAUAAUGGCCAUCUAAGAGCAGGCCGACUCCUGGAGCAGAAGCACAGCGGUUUAGACCCUCACUCACAGAAAAAAGAAUCCAGGAAGUAUUCUCAUUCUGGGAAGUGUAAAACCAGAAGCCACUAUGGGAGCGCUCUACUACGAGGGUCUCACUGCGCGGGUCUCUUUAGUACUACUGUGCUCGGGGCCUCUUCAAGUGCACCUAACCUACUGGAUUAUGCUCGUGCUCAUCGUAAAAAGCUGACUACUUCUGGCUGCCUAGAUGACUCCACACGCAGCUCUGCUGUUAAAAGGUUUUCUAUCUCAUUUGCUCGACACCCAACCAAUGGAUUUGAGCUGUACUCCAUGGUGCCUUCCAUAUGCCCUUUAGAGACUCUCCACAACUCCUUAUCUUUAAAGCAGAUGGAUGAGUUCCUUGCGGCAAUUGCAGCCCCUUCGAGUGACUGUCUCCCGGAUACUCCUACAGCUUCUCCUUGUACUCCUGGGUUUUACAGUCAUGUCGGCAGGAAAGUCUCUUUGAAUACAUAUACUCCUGCUAAAAUACUUCCGACCCCAUUGCUUCUUGGUGCUGAUGGUACCGUAUCAGACCCUGCUGCUACACAUGGCAGUGGACCAUCAAGCACCAUCUCUAUAGCUUGUGAUCUGCUCUCGGAAGAUAGCAAAAGGCAAGAAGAGACGGCUCAUCUCCAGCAAGAUGUCUGUGUACAAGCAAGACCAAAUCUACAUUCUUAAAGAGUUGUAGUAAUGCAGCAUUAGCGAAUUGUAUCUAUAUCUGAGAUAUUUAAAUAUUUUUUUUACUUCAUAUCAGAUUGUAUAUACUGACAGAGCAUAGAUGAAAUGUACAAUAAAGGGGUAUUCCCACUGGACAUUUAUGGCAUAUCAUUAGGAAAGGUCUUAAAGGCUAUGUACACCUUUGUGGGGGGGGGGGGUUAUUGCAUUGUACUGAUUCUAAGCUAAAACUCAUUUUCUUCAGUUGGUCUUUAUUAAAAAAUAUGGAGCCAUUUUUUCUGUACAGUGCCGAGAUGCUCUAGAGCAGCCUCUGGAUUUUCUCUUUUCCAUCAGUUACCUCUGCUCUCUGACAUUAUAAACACUCUUACUGAUAAGAAUGUGGCUUAAAUAAGUGUUUAUGACCUCUUAGUAGUUUAGAGAUGAGGCUUAUUAGAUGACCGGCACAAAUUGAAAGUACCAGUCACACAGUUAUAAAAACCGUUUACCCUUUGUGACAGAACGGCUCAAUAUUUUUAGUAAAGUUAAUUGAAAAUUGUUUUUUUAGCCAAAAUAAAUAAAAUCAAGUCAUAAACAAAAAUUGCCUCCGAAGGUAUACAUGGCCUUUAAAUGUUCUAGAGGUGCGGAUCCCACCUCUGAGACCUACUGCUAUCUCAAGAACGGGCCCCGAUGUGAAUUCACAGCAAGAAGUCCAUGUGUGUUUCUCUAUUUACUCCUAUGGGACUAAAGAAAAUAGCAGAGCGUUGGCUUGGCUUUUAUUUUCGGAAGUCCCAUAGCAGUGAAUGAAAAAGACACCAUGCAUGUGCAGUGUGCGCUUCAUUUACAGCAGGGCCCCAUUCUUGACAUAGGAGCGGCUCCCAGAGGUAGGACCUACACCUGUCAGAUAUAGAUAUAUAUAUAUAGAUAGAUAGAUAGAUAGAUAGAUAGAGAUAUAUAGAUAUAGAUAUAUCGAUAUAUAUAUAUAUAUAUAUAUAUAUAUAUAUAUAUAUAUCUCUACUGCAAAUGCCCAGAUGAGACAACCCCUUUAAUUAUUUAGUGUUUACAUUGUAUGCUACACAUCCAGCAUAUACAGCAACGAAGGAAAAGCUUGCUACAGCUUUCCCUGUCAUUCACGGGGUGAAUUAUUGGACCUGUAGUGCACUGUGUUCUGCACAUUUACUUUGCCAAGUAACUUUUUAAUCUAAACCUUAUGUUUUCUGGGCAGGUUUUACACAUCCCAGAAUGCAGCAAGCAAUGUAAAAAAUGUAUACUUUUAUCCUGGUUGUUAUGGCUGUGACCAGUGAUACAUAUUUUACAGCUCUAAUGUCUGUGUGUUCUCUUUGUUACAAAAAAGGAGCUAAAACUCUGACCCUAACAUCUGUAGUAAUUACUAGUCGUAGUAAUUAGUUUAUCGCCAUAUCUAGUACACACUUAAGGAUAAGGUGUAUGACUACAUAUAUACAUCCAUAAGUACACCGUUUUAGUUAUUAAAACUUUUUUUUUCUUUUUAUGUAGAGAACAAAAGCGAAUAUAAUUAAAGUGCUUUUCCAUUACUUGGUGUCGCUGACCCUUCAUAGUGACAUAUCAGAUCGGUUUUGGCACUCCGACCCCCACCAAUCACUAGAACGAGGAGAUAGAAGUGCUGGCAGAAUCUAGAUAGACCGAUGGAUGUUCUAUUGAGGCCAUCUCCUGCAGCGAGAAGAGAGCAUGCUAUGUGUGUGUCUCUCUCUCCCAUUUCUAAUGGUCAGUGGGGGUCUCAGCACUCGGGCCCCCACAGAUCCAAACCUUUGAUAUGUUGCUAUGACAUAUUAAGAGUUCAGUUACAUAAGUAUUGAUGACCAAUCCUCACGAUAGGUCUUUAGUAUCAGAUUAGUGGGAUCUGACUCCCGGCACCCAUGUUGCUAUAUGAUGGAUGAUUCUGUGCUGGGUAUACUAUAAAGAGCAGACAAGCACUGCGGCCCCUUCAAACACAGAUUUUUGGGGUCCCAGGAGUCCAACCCCCAACAAUCGGAUAUUAAUGACUAGUCCUGAGGAUAGGUUUCUAUAUUUAAAUCCCGGACAACAUGGCAAAUUAGAAAACAAAAUAUAAUGGCGAAUACUUCCAGCGUCCCAAACACGGCUAGUAAUGCUGCAAGGCGGGUAGGACUAACCACCAUCCGAUGCAAAUUACUAGACACUGAAAAUGUAAUGAACUCCAUUGAUUUGCAUGAACCGAGUUAUGUCACAAAUAGUGUCAUUCGCCAAAAGAUGACCUCAAAUUUCACAUUACCAUUAAUAUUCACAUCAUCUAAUUAAAGGCAAUGUGUAUGUAUAGCCGCAUGCCUGAUAAGACAAUAUAAUUAUAUAUAUCAAAAGUUUCGCAUCCAUAAUCUAGGCCUUACUGUUACUUCACAUUUGGCUACUUGAUCUAAUCCGAAUGUGUAUGCUCACGCAGUUGUGCCCAUAGGUUCACGUAACUAUUGACCGUAUCGCUUGCACAUGCUCUUCUAUACUGGUCUUAAACCAGUGCAUGACCUAGUCAGAUGCCCUCAUUGUCCCUGACUUGCUGUUCUUGUGCUCUCCUCUUAAGCGGGCCAUACAUGAGACUCUUCUCUCUUGCCAGGUUGACGGCGGUUUUCUGAACUCCGUCAUAAACGUGCACUUUCAGCUUAUGCAAUCUUGUAUUUAUUUCAGAGGAGAGAAGGAAAUAAGCUGCAGCCAGAUCCCACUUCUCCCAUUGGGAAAAAGGGUCAACAUUGAUAUCCAACUUGUCUGACCCCUCUCUGCCCCAAUGUCUGCUGUCCGCUUCAGACAUGCUGCUCCCGGGAACCAAGUUACUGGCAUGUUUUGUAUUAUAAUCUAUGGGCAAAGUCUUGUGCUUGUUUAAAAAAAAAGUAUUUAUACUGUACAAGUACAGCUAAACCUUUUUUUAUGAGUCAGCUCCUCUAUUGACCAAAUUUAGUUUUACCUUGACAUCCCAAGUAUGAGCUUAAAGAAAAAAAGUUGGAUCAUUUAAGGGGCAGUCAAACUUCUGUUACUUUUCCUUUUGUUCCAUGUUCUUGUAUCUGUUACAUUAUUGGUCUGUUUAAUUAUUUUCCACAUUUUUCUGUAUUUUUUUAUUUUAUUUCCCCCAAAGUCCCCCCUGCUUAUUAAAUGCCAAAUACUUCAGUUUCUUGUACUGUAUACCAGUUUGUUACUUUGUCUAUGCUUUGUCUUUUCCACUUGCUAAAAAGUGUUUUUAGGACCUUGUUGAGAUACAUUUAUAUACUGCCGGCUUAGUAGUAUAUACUGUAUCAUGUAAAUACAUGGACUUUGAUUUGCAUUUCUUCAGGUUGUAUUUUUAGCUAUGUUAUACUGCAGACAUUCUUUAUUUUCUAAUACAUUCAAAAUAUAAAUUAUUUUGUAAUCUUUA